CACACUGAGAUGGGUUUGUAAUGCGCCGAUAAACCCAAAGAGAAAGAGACAAAGAGUGUGGCUGAAAAGUAAAAGAAGCCACACAUUUAGCAAGAGAAUUUGAUGCCAGUGGGACAAUCUUUACUCUCUUGUUUGAUCACAGAAGAUGUCUUCACUCCUCAAGGUGGACAGUGAAAUUAAAACCAAGGUUGAUGCUUUCAGGGAACGUAUCACUUCAGAAGCAGAGGACUUAGUUGCGAAUUUUUUCCCCAAGAAGUUACUGGAACUUGAUCACUUCCUCAAGGACCCCAGCAUAAACAUCAGUGAGCUGAAAGAGAUUCACUCGGAGAUUAACCUGACUGUGCCGGACCCCAUCCUGAUCUCGAGCCUCCACGAUGGGCUGGAAGGGCAAAAUGCCAAGAAAAGAAAACUGGAAGACGGAGGCGAAGACGCCGUGGUGACCGGCACUAAGGUCUUCGUCAUGCCGGGUGGGAUGAUGAAGUGCAAUGGAAACCUUGUCGAGCUCAUCGAAAAGGUCAAGCCAGAGAUCAGGACACUCAUAGAGAAAUGCAACACAGUGAAAAUGUGGGUUCAGCUCCUCAUCCCCAGGAUAGAGGACGGAAACAACUUCGGCGUGUCUAUCCAGGAGGAGACGGUUGCUGAACUCAGAACCGUUGAAGGGGAGGCGGCGUCUUAUCUCGACCAGAUAUCAAGAUACUACAUCACAAGGGCGAAGCUGGUUUCUAAAAUAGCUAAAUAUCCGCAUGUGGAGGACUAUCGGCGCACAGUUACGGAAAUUGACGAGAAGGAGUACAUCAGUCUGAAGAUCAUAGUUUCAGAGCUCAGAAAUCAAUAUGUAACGUUACACGACAUGAUCCUGAAGAACAUUGAGAAGAUCAAGAGGCCUCGAAGCAGUAACGCCGACGCAUUGUACUGAUAUUCAUCCAGCCAUCUCAGCCUCCACGUCUGGUCUCCAUCUUGUACUGGUUUGUCUGCAGGACAACUAGACAUUCAUCAACUUCAACACAAUCAUCCAAGCCCUCUAUUGAAUUCAUAGCAUUGUAGAUGGACACAUGCUCUUAAUUUUUUUUUUUUUUUUUUUUUUUUUUUUUUUAUUUUUUUUUUUUUUUUUCCCCCUUUGUUUUUUUUU